AUGAAAUCAGUAAUAAAGAUUUAUCGGCAUGUUUCUGAUGACUUUGUGGAAUUUACUAAGGAAUAUACAAAAAUACAAAAAGAAGAUAGUGAAAGUAACUUAAAGGACAAGUUAGCUACAGAUAGAAAACAUUAUGCUUUUAGAGAUAAACAGAAGAUAGAUUAUAAUGAGAAACGAAUGUCAAAGAACGAUCAUGAAUUUUUAAUUUUUGAAAAUAUUGGACUACCUUUAAAUCAAAGAAUAGCAAAGCAUAAAGGCAAAUUGUUUAGGGUAAAUCCAGAAGCUCCUCAGAUAUUUGCUGUUAAAAGCAUGUUGGAAGUUGAUUAUUUUUUCAAAUAUAUAUCAUUCACUAAAAUUACUGAUAUCAUUAACCUUCUUUUUACUGUCAAGUCUGUGUUCGAAUCUAACAAGAAGAUUCUUUACAAAUAUAGUUUAUUGUGUAUGAAAACAGACGAAAAUAUUAUACCAGUUCACAAUUAG